AAUCCCAGGGAGGCGCCAUGAGUGUAAGAAAUUCACCCCUUGAGUGUUUCAACACUCGACCAUCCAGACCAUCCAGAUCAGAGCCCCAAACUUGCAUUGAGUUUCUUUCUUAGAACUCUAAUCCUCCUUCUUAAACAUCAUUUCUUCAAUAUUUUACUUUUACUACUAGCAAUAUAGACAAAAAUACUAACAUUAUGUCGCAGUACGGGUACGGCGGACAACAAAACCCCUUCGACCAGCGGGGAGAUGCUGGAAAUGGUGGAUAUGGCGGAGGAUUGCCUUCUCGACCAAACUACGGCCCAGCAAUGGGUAGAGAUGACUAUGGGUCGAACAACGUCGAGAUGGCUUCACUUACCCAGAACCCCGGGUCCUUCGCUACCGGAAACGCGAACUCUGUCUUAAACGAGGUCUCAGAAAUCAACCGCGGGAUCGACAUGAUUGACCGAAACCUCGACCAGCUAAAAUCUCUUCAACAAAGAGCCCUCGACGAUGCCGACGCCUCUGCCACGAGUAACACUAACCGCCAACUCGACGCUGUUAGCUCUGAAACCAUGGCCCAUUAUAGGCAAUUGACCGAGCGAGUACGACAGCUCAAGAGCAACCCCGAGAGCCAGCAGAAAUUCGGUCAACAAGUUCGUCGUGUUGAUAGCAGGUUGAAGGAUGCUAUUCGAGCUUACCAAGGCGUCGAGUCCGCUUUCCGCAAGAAGACCCAAGAACAGAUGGCGCGACAAUACCGUAUCGUGCGACCCGAGGCUGACGAGGCUGAAGUUCGCGCUGCUGUAGAGGACCAAACUGGUGGCCAAGUUUUCCAACAAGCACUGAUGCAGAGUAACCGUCGUGGUCAAGCCCAAGCUGUCCUGAGCGCCGUCCAAGACCGACACGCUCAACUGAAGAAGAUCGAGCAACAGAUGAUCGAGCUUGCGCAACUCUUCCAGGAUAUGGAUACCCUCAUCAUUCAACAAGAAGCUGCUGUGACCAACAUCGAACAGAAGGGCGAAGAAAUUGUUGAAAAUAUUGAUAAGGGAAACCAGGAGGUCGGCACUGCUAUAACCACUGCCAGGUCAACAAGGAAGAAGAAGUGGAUCUGCUUGGGUAUCGUUGUCGCUAUUAUCGUCGUUAUCGUUAUCAUUGUUGUAGUAUACGUCUUGGUCACGAAAGGAACGGGAGGUGGCAACAACAACAAUAAUGCCAAACGAAACCUGUUGCAGCCCGAUGUCCGGUCGUGGUUCGAAGUCGCUGCUGUUCCUAACCUUAUUGUCGAAAGAGCUCAUGCGAGGGCCGUCGGUUGGCAACCUGGCGAGUAACAUACUGUGGAGUAUCAGCUCAAUUAAGGCUGCGAUAAACCGAUAAACCGACAGCCCUGUACUAUCUCCCUCCCGCUUAAAUCGGCAAUAUCUCUUAAAACAGAGACGACGGCGACGCCGUUAGAUCGGCACACUACAUACGCAUCCACGAACUCAAGACACGUAAUCUCCUUCGUGUUCACUUCGUAUAUCACACAUCCCAUCGCCAUUAUACAUAUUUAACUAGAGAGCCUUUGCGCGAUAAUUUGAGGCCAGACCUUCUAAGCCGUCGUUUCGGAUCCGGACUGGAUGUUGGAUUCCAUAGAAUAGACGGAUGUGGAAGGUUGGCUAAACUAACCUACUCAAAGGGGCGGAUUGUCUCUGGUAGCUUUCUGGCUACCUAGUCCCAGAAUAAAAGUCCCUUGUGUACUUCGUGUCCCAUUCGUUGGUCGGAUUGGAGAAAGGGGAGUCGACUUGCAUUUUCAGGCGUUUGGGACUUACCUAUGCAGACAUUUUAUUGAGUACAUUUUCUCUGAUCGCGUGUUGUGUGUUGCAGUGAUAUGUCUGGUGAAUUUGAAUAUGUGUGAGAGACUUGGUCGUGCAGUUGCAUAGUCUAAUAAGAUCCAGUAAUCUAGUGACUGUCGCCACGUAGUUGAGGUGUAACCGGUGUACGAACCUCUUAGGAGUCAAGCUUACUUACAUCGAUGGAAGUGAUCGUACAACUCCUGUGUCGCCCGUAAGAGGGUAAUGAAGGUGGAUUCAUGGCAUG